AUGAUGUACCUGGCGAAAUGGAAGCGGGCGGCCAUCUUACUGCUGUUCGUCUGGAUAGUCGUCACGUACCUGGUCAUAUCGCCUCUAAGAUGCAACGGGAGUACCGACGAGAUCUUGGAGUACCAAGAGCGUCUGAAGAGCUUCACAUCUCAGCUGGAGGCUCUAAAGCAGAAGCACAACAACCUCAUCGCUCAAAUCAGAAGAUCCUCGGGUCUCAACGGUGACCUUAAGGACUUGGACCCGUCGCUGUUCGAAUCCGGACAAGGGCCCUCCGAGGAGUACGAGAACCUGCGGCGCCGGAUCCACUCCAACACAAAGGAGAUAUGGUACUACAUAAACCAUGAGCUGGGCAAGCUCGAGCUGGACGACAGGAAGGCGGAGCAGGUGCAAACGAUCCUGAGCCAAGUGGCCGACAGGAAAAGGUCGCUGCUCUCGGACCAACAGAAGCUUCCAGAGCUGGACGGCUACCAAGAGUGGAGGCGGAACGAGGCCGCCAACGUGAGCGACCUAAUUCAGAGGCGGCUCAAGUACCUGCAGAACCCCGCCGAUUGCAGGGAGGCGAGGAAGGUCAUCUGCAACCUAAACAAGGGCUGCGGUUUCGGCUGCCAGUUGCACCACAUAGUUUACUGCCUGAUAUUCGCCUACGCGACGGAGCGCACCCUCAUACUGAACUCGAAGGGGUGGCGUUACAACAGCAAGGGGUGGGACUACGUCUUCCACCCUAUAUCGGACAGCUGCACGACGGCUUACAACGACAAGGUGCUGCAAUGGCCAGUAAGGUACGACGCCAAAGUCGUGUCCCUCCCGUUCAUCGACUCGAUAUCGCAGAAGCCGAAAUUUCUGCCGCUGGCGAUACCGAAGGACCUGGCACAUAGGAUAGUGCGGUUCAACGGCGACCCUGCCUCGUGGUGGAUUGGCCAGAUGCUGAAGUACAUACUGAAGCCGAGAGACGGCAUGCGGAAGGCGAUCAACGACACAAUAUCCAAGAUGAACUUCAAACGUCCCAUCGUUGGUGUCCACAUCAGGCGCACAGACAAAGUGGGUACCGAGGCAGCCUUCCACCACAUACACGAGUACAUGACCCACGUGAAGGACUAUUACGAUCAGCUCGAGCUCACCAGGACCCUGGACGCUAGGAGGGUCUAUCUGGCCACUGACGACGCUAACGUGCUGGCGGACGCGCGCACCAAGUACCCGUCGUACGUGUUCCACGGCGACGCGUCGAUCGCGCAGACGGCCGCCACGCACCGCCGCUACACGCCGCUCUCGCUCACCGGCCUGCUCGUCGACCUGCACAUGCUCUCCAGCUGCGACUACCUCGUCGCCACCUUCAGCAGCCAGGUCGGUCGCGUUGCCUACGAGAUGAUGCAGACGAAUCGAGUGGACGCUUCGGACAGCUUCUUCUCGCUGGACGACAUCUACUACUUCGGCGGGCAGAACGCUCACGACCGGCAAGCGGUUAUGGCGCACAACACGCUCGGAAAGGAGGACAUAUCCUUCCAGGUUGGUGAUCUGAUUGGCGUAGCCGGGAACCACUGGAAUGGUUACGGCCGCGGCACAAACAAAAGAACCAAUUUGAACGGUCUCAUCCCCUGGUACAAGACCGCAGACCAUCUGGUCCUGUACCCAUUCCCGGAAUACAAGGAGGUCCCGCUCUACAGCGAUACGAGGCAGGAGUUA